UUCAUAUUAAUUAUCUCCUUAAUCUCUUUUAAAUCCAUCUUUAUCAAUUAAACCACUCAGAACACAAGCUUCCUCUCCCUCCUACCCAUAUAGAAAAAUAAAUUACUAUAUUCGUGUUUUUCUUUUUGAUGUGUCUAUGGCUGGUUUGGAUUUAGGCACGGCUUCACGCUUCGUCCAAAGUCUCCACAGACCAGACUUCAACCAACAACAAGAAUCCGAGGAAGACGCCAAACCCCAAGAUGGGCCCCAGCAGGGCGACGUGGUGGGGCGCCGCCCGCGGGGGCGUCCUGCGGGCUCCAAGAACAAGCCCAAGCCGCCGGUCAUCAUUACGCGGGAGAGCGCCAACGCCCUCCGCGCCCACAUCCUCGAAGUCGCCAGCGGCUGCGACGUCUUCGAAAGCGUCGCCAGCUACGCGCGCCGCCGCCAGCGCGGGAUCUGUAUCCUCAGCGGCAGCGGAACGGUCACGAAUGUGAGCCUGCGGCAGCCGGCGUCGGCGGGCGCGGUGGCCACGCUUCACGGCAGGUUCGAGAUACUCUCCCUGACGGGAUCGUUCCUUCCUCCGCCGGCUCCUCCGGGGGCGACGAGUCUCAGCAUAUACCUCGCCGGAGGACAGGGGCAGGUGGUGGGUGGGAGUGUGGUAGGAGAGUUGACGGCGGCGGGACCGGUAAUUGUGAUCGCGGCGUCGUUCACGAACGUGGCUUAUGAAAGGUUACCGUUGGAGGAAGAAGAAGAACAGGUUCAGAUUUCUGGUGCUGCUGCCAAUAACAAUAAUAAUAGUAACCCCUAUCAUGAUCCUUCUUCGGGACUUCCUUUCUUCAAUUUGCCAAUGAAUGUUCAGUUGCCUGUGGAUGCCUGGGCGGGAAACUCAACUACACGUUCACCAUUUUGAUCCACCAUCACUCUCAAAUCUUAAUCUAAUGUCAUUGGAUGUUGCCAACCAACAAUGAAGAUGUUCAUCGCAAGUAGCUAGCUCUUUCAAUGCUUAAUUUCUUCAAAUCAGGUCAGCCAAUUCAUGGACUUUAAUUACAUAAAUAUAUAUAUGAUUUUCUUCUUCUUCUUCUUGUUUCUUCUCCCCUUGUUCAAUCUUUUUUUUUUUUUUGGUUCAUGUUAAGAAGGAUGUGUUGCCUUAAUUUGUGUUGUUGUACUUGUUCUAUUUAAUUAGUGUAGUUUUGAUUUUCUCUUUUUGAGAUUCUUCUUUAUUGUGGAGCUAUGUAUAUGAAAUGACUUAUAUUAUCUUAA